AUGUCGAGAUGUGGAGCCAAUUCGGGCCAUGAGGAGAAUCGUAUUUUGUCGUGUGAUUUUAACUUUACUCGACUUUACCGUUGCCCCUGUUCCCAGAAAGCGGUACCCUCUCGGCGGGUCAUUUGGCCGGGUGGUUGGUAUGCAAGCUCCAACCGAUGGGUCGGCGAAAGGCAAGAGCCGGCUGAAGGCAAGGGAGCGAAAGUAGAGAACUUCUGGUUGCAGAGUAAAGGAGGGAGUUCUUUCGAUUGCCUGUCGGCAGGUGACGACGUACACACAUACGACUUCAAAGCAAGUCUGGCAACAAGUGUGUGUGUCCAUAGCAUCUCGGAAAAGCAACGGUCUGUACCGCCUGAAGAGAACCACACAGUCGUGCCGACUACUCAGAACAUCCCCAGAAGACUUGAGCUAAGACAGCUGCCGAAGUGUCUGGGUGACAGGACCAACCCCUUUGUCUGCGUGCACAGUUUACACGAGGAGCCAACGAGACGGGAGACAGCAGGUUGUGCUUACGCUGCUGGCCAAGGGACAUUUUGA